CUGAAUUCCCGGGUGUACGGUUACUUUCGGUUUCAUUGACUCACUGUGGUUAAGGUGAUAUAUUCAGGUAUUUGUUGGGAAAAUGUCUUCGAAUGCAGAUGAAGUUAAAUUCUUUACUGGAAAAGAUUGGGAAAGAGGAAAGUUGAAUUUUGAAACAUCUUUGCUCGAGGAGUUAGAGAAAUGCAAGAAAUUAACGAGAAACAAUGUGAAUGACAAAAGAGAAUAUAAUUUUCGGCAUGCAGUGCGUGGAAUAGCCAUUGUUAUUAGUAAUGAAAUAUUUGAAUUAAAAGACGGUUCUAAGAUGAAACCAAGGACGUACGCCAAGAUAGAACUUAGUAAAAUGAAUGAAAUGUUCGCUGGACUUGGGUACUUAGUUAUGUCUUUCAAGGAUCUGACAGCUACACAAAUGUAUGAAGUUAUAAGAACAGCAACUUCAUCAAAAAUGGAUUUUUUCCUGAAUAAUUCAGACUCUUUUGCCUGUGUCUUGGCUUCACAUGGAAGUGAAAAAUCUGUUGCCAAUCCAAAGGUUGAUUGCAACGUCUACCAUCACGUCAUUUAUGGAACAGAUGAGCCCAUUAAAACACACCUUCUUUUUGAUUUACUAGCCGAAAGUAGAUGUAAAGCACUACAAGGCAAACCCAAAUUAUUUUUUGUGCAGGCCUGCAGAAGUCGAUCUAAUCAAGGGCCAUCACGAUAUAGUAAGGGUGUUAACGUUGUCGAACCUAUCUCAAAAAAUUGUUCAAAUCCGAGACAAGGUUGUGACCAAACCGAGAGCCUGUCAGAUGAUUCAGCACCACAAUCCACAGAAGUUGUUGAUGGCAGUGUGGACCAAGUCAAGAGACGCAGAUACACUCUGGAUCAAUCCAACAAUGCACAUGAUUCAAAUCCAAAGUCAGCCAGUGACACGGCCACCACUGAUGAAAGUGAAGACAACUUUGAAGAAGACGCGUACAGGGAAAAUGAAGCGAGUCAGCAUACAGAGUUGACGACUGAGCUGAUGGAUUGGUCAAGUUCAGAUGACGUUAUUCCAUGUUUAGAUGUUGAUAUCAUUCGCGAAGAGACCAACAACAUUGUUGAAGACUCUUCCAUCAUUGAAAGAGGGAAAAACUGGGUAAAGAAGAGAUUAUUCAUCAGGAGGAAUUUAUUCGCUAGACCAGUGGAUGUUAUGACGACAGUUGCGAUGCCAUGUCAUAAUGAUUUUUUGAUCAUGUAUGCUACAUCUGAGGGAAAAGUUGCAUAUGGGCGGGAGGAGAAUGGAGGUUGGCUUGUUAACGCCAUGCAUGAAGUUAUGGUCGAUCAUAUUGUACAUAUUCGUAAAGAUCCUAAGAACUGUAUAGACUUCUUGUCUGUUAUGACUUCCACAAUGUAUAACAUUGCAUACCAUUAUGAAACUAACACCGGGGAACCUUCCACGUCCGGUUUCAAAACAGCACCCACUCUACAGCACAAAUUAUCUCAUGAUCUUAUAUUUAGAAAUAACCAUUCUACAUCAUCCUCACAAUGUCCAGGGUCCUGGGUCCACUCGUGGCCGUGCGUAUUUGUUGGAAAAAUGUCUUCGAAUGCAGAUAAAGUUAAAUUCUUUACUGGAGAACAACUGGAAAGAGGAGAGUUGAGUUUCGAAAGAUCUUUGCAUAGGGAGUUAGAGAAAUGCAAGAAAUUAACAAGAAACAAUGUGAAUGACGAUAGAGAAUAUAAUUUUCAGCAUGCAGUGCGUGGAAUAGCCAUUGUUAUAAGUAAUGAAAUAUUUGAAUUACACGACGGUUCCAAGAUGCAACCAAGAAAGUACGCCAAGAUAGAACUUCGUAAAAUGAACGAAAUGUUCGCUGGACUUGGGUACUUAGUUAUGUCUUUCAAGGAUCUGACAGCUCAACAAAUGUAUGAAGUUAUAAUGACAGCAACUUCAUCAAAAAUGGAUUUUUUCCUGAAGAAUUCAGACUCUUUUGCCUGUGUCUUGGCUUCACAUGGAAGUGAAGUCCUGGAAAAAUCUAUUGCCAAUCCAAAAGUCGAUUGCAAUGUCUAUCAUCACGUCAUUUACGGAACAGAUAGGGCCAUUAGAACACACCUUCUCCUUGAUUUACUAGACGAAAACCGAUGUAAAGCGCUACAAGGCAAACCCAAACUAUUCUUUGUGCAGGCCUGCAGAAGCCGAUUUGAUCCAGGAGCAGAGCGAUUUGAUAGAGGUGCUGUCAUACCUACCGACCAUAGUUUGAGAGAGCAUUCAAAACCUAACCGAGGUCGUGACAAAACCGAGAGCAUGUCCGAUGAUUCAGCAUCACACCCCACAGAAGUGGCUGAUGGCAGUGUGGACCAAGUUGUCAAGAGAUGCAGAUACUCUCUGGAUCAAUCCGACAAUGCACACGAUUCAAAUCCAAUGUCAGCCGGUGACACAGCCACCAAUGAUGAAAGUGAAGACAACUUUGAAGAAGGCGUGUACAGGGAAAAUGAAGCGAGUCAGCAUACAGAGCUGACGACUGAGCCGAUGGAUUGGUCAAGUUUAGAUGACGUUAUUCCAUGUUUAGAUGUUGAUAUCAUUCGCGACAAGAACAAGGACCUUGUUGAAGAACCUUCCUUCAUUGAAAUAGGGAAAAACUGGGUAAGGAAGGGAUUUUUCAAAAAGAGGAAUUUAUUCGCUAGACCAGUCCAAGAUGUUAUGACGACAGUUGCGACGCCAUGUCAUAAUGAUUUUUUGAUCAUGUAUGCUACAUCUGAGGGAAAAGUUGCAUAUGGGCGGGAGGAGAAUGGAGGUUGGCUUGUGAACGCCAUGCAUGAAGUUAUGGUCAAACAUAUUGUACAUAUUCGUAAAGAUCCUAUGAACUGUAUAGACUUUUUGUCUGUUAUGACUUUCACAAUGUAUAACAUUGCAAUCCAUUAUGAAACUAACACCGGGAAACCUUCCACGUCCGGUUUCAAAACAGCACCCACUCUACAGCACAAAUUAUCUUAUGAUCUUAUAUUUAGAAAUAAGUACAGGGGGUACCAGAAUAUCUGAUACCAUUAACUGUUAAAAUGACAUUAAAGAAAAAUCAAAGGCAUUUUCAUAACUGUUUAUGAUGUAAAUUUUUACGAUACUCAACAAAUUUCACAAACAUUCAUUGGUUGUUGACAAAUUGAGCAUUGUUUUUAAAAACACAACAAAAAGAGAGUGCGUCAGUAUGACGUCCUUUUUCAUCAAUGACAACGUCAAUUGGAUGAGUGAUAUUCCUCACAACAACCAAUUUACAGAUCCCAUUUUAGCAAAUCUCUUCACUAUUAGAGGAAUCGUUGGUUGGUUGGAUGUUUUACCACAGGUUAUUCAUAUUUCAUAAAUGGUACAAUUAUAUCUGGAAUCUGUGUUUGAAAAAAAGAAGAAGUUUUAAAUCAAAUGAUGAUUGUCCGAUUCAUCUUGAAUAAAACUCACGUUAUUUAAUAUAAUUCUCUAAAUAUUUGAAUUCUUGGGAGCGAUAAGAUUGGAAUCUGAGUUUUUCAUAUUUCAAUGAAAGGCACAUUUUUCUCAUAAAUUUGUGGGAUAAACAAUUUAACUACAUGUAUUUUACUUUUUCCGGAAUCACAAUUUACAAGUUUUGACCAAAUGUUGAUUUAGAUGUAUAUGAAUUUCAAAUGGUAUCAAAAGCUUGUGCAAGAUUGGGCAAAUGCGUAAAGUUAAAUUUAUAUUAGAUAGGAACUGUUUACAAAAGAUAUACUUCUCCUUCGUUAGACCAAACUUAGAAUAUUCUGGUGUAAUAUGGGGUAAUAUACCGGAAUAUCUUAGUCAAGAAAAUAGAAAAUAUUCAAUUAGAAGCAGCACGAAUUGUGACCGGGGAUGGAGGGGGGGGGGGGGAGUAAUAGAAUGGCUUUCAAUACACUUCUAUACACAUAAACAGGCUGCUUCCUAAUAUCAAAGCAGAGGUAAGACCAUUGACUUGUUUAAUUCUUUAAAAUGUUCCACGGCAAGACUCCCGAAUGUUAGUAUCUAUCUAAUCUUUAAAAGAAACACAAACUCUUAUAAAAGCAAAUUACACAUAAUACUAGAACUUCCAUAAUUACAUACGAGAAAUAUACGCAAGAACAAGGCUAUACUAUGUGAGUCAUUAUUUUCUAAGUACAAUAAGGCUAUGGAAUACAUUACCUAAUGAAAUACAAAACAACAAUUUUCAAAACUAUCUAAAUCGUAACAAUAUAAACAUUGCCGAUUGCUAUAAUUUUGGAUCCAGAAUAGGACAAAUUCUACACUCAGAACUAAGAUUAGAGUGCAGCGCCCUCAAACUUUAUAUGUUCCACAGAAACUUUUGUCCCUCCUAAUUUUGUACCCGUAGUUCAAUAGAAAGUAAUGACCAUUAUCUUAAUUUUACAUUUUGUAUAUUGUCCAAACUAAAAUAAAAUAAGUAGUAUUACAAUUAACAAACUUCUAGAUCCAACUAAUGUUAACCUAUUGCUCUUUGGGUCCCCAAUCUUAACAAUAAUGAUUAUAAAUAUAUUUUUUAAAUGGUUAAAAAAUCUAUCAUCGACAGUAACCGAUUUCAGGGUACAUGUACUUAGUGUAACUUUGAUAUUUUUUCUUCUUAUUGAUAUUUUUUUAAAUAUCUAGGAUACAUUUAUAUAAAGAUUUAGAGUAGUACUGUAAAUUGUUAUAUAAAACAUAUUGUAUUAUUUUCCUUAGUAUAGGACUUGUACGUAGAUAUCCGGUCGUGGGCCGAUUAGGUCACUAGUUAAUAAUAUAAUGCACUUUUAUUUCCAACUCUCAAAAAUUUAUGCAUUAUAGCAUAUGUCAUAAUGUUUUUAUUUUCCUUUUCCUCUAUUCUCAAUUUACAUAUUUUGGAUGUUUUUUUCUCUCCUUUAUACAUGUAUAUGCUUUCU